AUGGCUUUGGGCGAGAUGGAUGGAGUGGGGUCGGAGCCAGAAGAAGGCAAGAAUCAGGAGACGGGUGUCAUCACCACGAGAAGCAUUCUGGAGAGCUUCACAGAGAGCCAGGAGGUCAGGGGGCUCAUCGGUAACCUGAAGGGAGCCUUCGGGGACCUGGCGUCUCGGGAAACGAUCGUGGAAAAAUUUGUAGGUAUAAUGGACAAGUACCAGGAGCAACCACACUUGUUGGAUCGUCACUUAGAGUGGAUGAUGACUUUGUUGUUGGAUAUAGUCCGGGACAACGGAUCUCCUCCCCCACUCAUUCACCUGGCUUUUAAAUUUCUUUACAUCAUUACAAAGGUGAGAGGAUACAAAGUUUUCCUCCCACUGUUUCCUCAUGAAGUACGUGAUCUACAGCCUGUUUUGGAUAUGCUUGUAGACCAGAAUCCAAAAGACCCUGAGACUUGGGAAACUCGUUAUAUGCUUCUGCUGUGGCUCUCCAUGAUAUGCUUGAUUCCUUUUGAUCUGGCCCGUUUUGAUGGCAAUAUUGCUGAGGAGGGGCACACUCGUGUGCCCACAAUGGAUCGCAUACUUACAGUAGCAAAAUGUUACUUGGUUGUCAGUGAUAAGGCUCGAGAUGCAGCUGCUGUGCUGGUUUCAAAAUUUAUUGUCCGCCCUGAUGUCAAGCAGAAGAGGAUGGCAGACUUCCUGGACUGGACACUUUCCAUGGUAUCUAAAUCCUCUUUUCAGACCAUGGAGGGGACCGUUGUUAUGAAUGGCAUGCUCCAGGCCCUGGCACAGUUAUUUAAACAUGCCAAAAGAGAAGAUUGUUUACCGUAUGCUGCUACUGUGCUUGAGUGUCUUGAUAACUGCAAGCUGUCAGAGAGUAAUCAGAUGGUUCUUCGCAAGCUAGGGAUGAAACUUGUUCAGAGACUUGGACUGACAUUUGUGAAACCAAAGGUAGCAAAGUGGAGAUACCAGCGUGGCUGUCGUUCUCUAGCUGCCAAUCUGCAGGCUCAGGGUUCAGUUGUGCAGAGUCAAAUGGCAACAGUUGCUGCUAAUGAAGCUGAUGAUGAAGAGGAGUAUGACAUUCCAGGAGAGAUUGAAAAUGUUGUAGAGCAAUUGUUGGUUGGACUGAAAGACAAAGACACUAUUGUCAGGUGGUCUGCAGCAAAAGGAAUUGGUAGAAUAACUGGAAGACUUCCAAAAGAAUUAGCAGAUGACGUGAUUGGGUCUCUGUUGGACUGUUUUAGUUUCCAGGAAACAGACAAUGCAUGGCACGGUGGAUGCCUGGCUCUGGCUGAAUUAGGCAGAAGAGGAUUGUUACUCCCUUCACGAAUUUCAGAUGGUGAGUUGUAG